CUGACGGGAGGACAAGUAAGGAACCGACCGAGGUGAUGGCUGAAGACGGCUGGGGCCGCAUUGCUGCCCGCGCUCUCCACGGGCUGCUGGUGCGAGAGGUCGUCGGCCUCACGGCAACGCCGGAGCAUGCGACGGGCGGCUGGCAGUUUAGCGGGAACACGACGUCGUCGGUCAUCAAUGAGCUCAGAUUCGCCGCGUCAAAGUCGGUUCGGACGUCCUUUAUCAUCCUCGCGAGCUUCAACGCCCUGGUCGGCGCGGCCCUGGCGUUUGGGAUAUUCUGGGACUGCUACAGCGCAGCCAAGAGGGCUGAUUCGCGGUUCAAGCUGAGGCCCGGCCGAGACGUUUCCGUUUGUGCUGGCUUGCGGCAUCAUCGUGCAGGGCAUCAUCUUCGCCGUGUCCCAGUCCAAUGGGCUUCAGGGGCUCUUGGUCCUUGACUGCCGGCCUGUGUCUCAGACAAUGCUCCCAGCGCUCUUCAUCGUUCCGUACAUACAGCUCGUGUUCGGAGUCGAAACCAUCCAGCGGGCUCUUCGCCGUUACCCCUUCCCUCAAAGGCUGCGGUACACCAUCCCAGUGUGCCUUGCAAUAGUGGUCGUCGGGCUCAUCGGAACCUACGUUGUCACGCGAUUCGUGUUGCCGCCCGAAUUUUGCUUCGCGAGCCUGUUCUGGUUGGUGCGGCGGUGGGCACUGGGCUGCUUUGUCCUGACGACGACUAUUGCGUCUGUACUCCUCAUAGGGAGCAUCAUAACGCUUGUCAGGUUAUACCGGACCGCGGGCAUCAGCGAGACUGAGCGGAUAGCGGCGUCGUGGAUGGCGUGCUACAUGUUGUUGGCCACAAUCACCCUGGCCAUCAUGACGCCUUUCUUCUGGAGCCUUCACAUUGACCCGUCGAGCGACGUUCAGAAGUACCGGGCGGAGCUUGGCAUGGCGUCCACUGUCGCUGCCAACCUUUCCGGCUUGACAUCUGGCGGGCUCUACAUUGCCCUUCGGUCGACGAGGCUGGGCAGAUUCGGCCCCAGGGGCUACUUCGAAUUCGAUCGCCAACGGCCACUGACGGGAGGCAAGCGAUCCUCAACCCCUGGAGGCGCCACCUACACCAAGCAGAUUGAGCUUCCAGUGUCGCCAGUCCGGCUUGCGCAGGUUGACGGCAAGCCACUGGCGGCGGGAGACCGCGUGGACGCCGUAGACAUCGAGGAGAAGAGGACCGAGAGCCGGCCAUCAACGCCCACACGACAGACAGCCGCCAAUGCGGAGGACGUGUUGAGAAACCCCUUUGACGCAUUGACCCCUGCGUCCUCCUCCUCCGCCGUGCGAGAGCCGGAGCCGACCGCGGCAACACCUACUGCUACUCGACCGCGACGUCCGAGUGCGGCAUAUAGCAUAUUCCCCUCCAGCAGGCAAGAAGUCCCGGACGUGAAGUCCACGUACAUUCUACCUGCCGCGGCGUACGAUCCGGUCACACGGUCCGCCACUGGUACCGCCGCCGCCGGAAGUACGGCUCCUACGGCCAUGGCUGCAGCAGGCCUUGACGACGUGCUACUACCACCUCCCGGCGUGCGUACCUCGGGCCACAUGCGAGACCUCUCGGCAGGGUCCUCGGCGAUGGUACAGAUCGGCCUGCGCGUGUCCAACAUCAACGACAUACCCCCCGUCACAUCCUACUAUGACGCGCCCUACCGGGGAGACUCGGCCUACAGCGGCAACUACGGGCUUGCCAUCACAACGGACAUGAGUCCCGUUCAGCGGGCCCCGCCGCCCCUCCCUCCGCUACGGACAGACAUGGACGCGACCGCCGGGACCCCCGCGGACGAGGCGGACAAGUUAUUACCUCCCGUUCCCCUGAGCAUCGCGAAGAAGGACACCAAGGGUGGUGCUGCUGCAGUCACAAACCCCUUCACAACGGACAAGCAAGCGACAGCAGGGACGGAAGAAGGAGACGGAGAGGAGAUUACGCUUAGCCCGUCUGUUUACAGCCCGAGCGAGUCCUCCUCCUCCCCCUCGCCGAGAAGCUCGCCCAAAGGCUCCUCCAACUCACCCAGGGGCAUGGGCACUGCGGCAGCCAACAGGGCCAAGGACAAGGGCAAGGGCCGGGCGUCUUCUCGAGAGCAGCAGCAGCCGCCUGCUCGGCCCCCGCCGCCGCCGCAGCGCCUCCCGGAUUGGAGCCCGGUGGAAGGCGCAAGGGUCAAGUCGGUGGAAUGGAUCUGAAGGCUUCGAUUCGAGCGAUAGUGUUCGAAACACACACAAGGGGGCGUUUCCGCAGUCGUUUCGCCGCGCCUUGGGCUGUGUCGGCGAGUUUUCAUGCGUUUGGAUGAAACAAGAGGGGUCCAGCAGUCCCGCCGAAAAAGGGGGGAGGGGGAGGGGCCUGGCAAUGGGCCGAAAGAAAAAGGUUAUGCCGCCCCAAGCCUCCCUCCACUUUUGUUCUUUGUCGUUGUUGUCGUCCUAGCGGUUUCUGUCUGUCUGUCUCUCUCCUUUCUCUUUCUCUCUCUCCAACUACACCUUUCUCUCAUUUUCUUGGGGUCAUGUGUCUGGGCUCCGGUCUCCAUGAAGGAACCCCACCCCCUCCCCAGAACAAAGAUGCUUGGGGAUUUAUUUAUUACCUAGGUAGCUAGCUAGGCGUGGCCUGCCGCCAAAGGUGUGCGCGUUUUCGAUGGACAGAUGAAUGGAUGAUGGAUGAUGUGAACAGAAAAAAAAAGAUUUGGCUCUCAUUGAACAAUUGUAUUGCGAGAAACCCCGCCGCACCGCGUCGCCUCCCCGCGGAUGGAUGGGAGGGCCGGCCUACGUCGUUGGCCCUUUCCCCUUCUCCUUCCCCUUGCUCUACGAUUUUCCUCAUGUCGUGUGUGUGCCUCCUUGGUCGGUUGGGUGUGCGGGCGGGCAUGUGUGCGCAGUGUACGUUGGUGCAUUACGACGUUAUUCUUCUCCUCGUCUACUACUAUAUUAGAUGGAUUCGCAUCCGUUUCAACAAGGCAGACGUGGCGCGGUGGGG